CUUUGUGGACUGAGGCAUGUGUCAGUGGGUUGUCGUGUUUUCCAAGACACACCUCAGAUUCUGCCCCGGUGUUCUUGUGCGUGUGUGUGUGUGUGUGUGUGUGUGUGUGUGUGUGAGAGAGAGAGAGAGAGAGAGAGAGAGAGAGAGAGAGAGAGAGAGAGAGAGAGAGAGAGCGUGUGUGUGUGUGUGUGUGUGUGUGUGUGUCACUGACAUGUUGAGACAAGGUGAAGGUGCGGCAGUUGCAGUCAGUGUGUUUCAUGUGACAGGAGCAGAAAGUUUCCCUGCGGCCAGUCAGAGUGUGUUACUGAGAGUGGGCUUUGUGGCUGUUGUUGGAUCUGCAGCUGGAGGAAGUUUAAAAUAGGAACACUCUGAACUCCGGCAGACUGCAGCAGCAGACCCUCAGGUGGGAUUGACCGUCCUUUCUGUGGGAUCUGAGUCUUCACUGAUUUCAGCACGUCCACAUGUCGCUCAUGAGCCCCGCAGGAAGUUACCGAGGCGACAUGGAGAGGGAUUAAAACCUGCAGGAACAACAGGAUCUUAAUCUCCUACUCCUCCUCAUCUUCUUCCUACUCAGACAGCCAUCAUGCGCAGGUUUAGCUCUGAGGGAUCCCUCCUGGAUCUGGACUUUCUCCCCUGGAGGAAGAUGGCCCUGAGGGAUCAGGAUCAUAAGAGGAAGCGGGAGUCCUACACGCCUCACCUGGAGGAGGACGAGCUGAAUGGGAGGGUGGGCAGGGUGACCCCAACCAUCCUGGAGCCCGGAGCCAAUGGAGGUGAGGAGGUGAAGAGGGAGCUGAAGAAGGAGCUCAGUAUGAGCGUGGAGGAGCUGAGCGAGCUCCGAAAGAUGGACCAGAACCACCUGAGGGUGAGCGGGAUCAGCGAGGGCUGUAGGGCCUAUAGCGAUGGGCAGCUGGCCCCUGACCCCAAGGGCAGCACAGAGAGCAUGGGGAGGGACGACCUGCCUCCACCCUCCCCCUCCUCCUCCUUCUCAAACCCCUUUAAGUCCCAGCAACGGCACCACCGACCCAAACUGUCUGCUGCCAAACUACACCUGAAGAGUCUGUUUGGACAGAGUCCUCACUCCUCAAAUUCCAACCUGUUCAACCCAGAACACAAAGACAGUCCUGUGGAGCGUAGGUCCAGGCUGCUCUUCAUGCGUCAGUGGAGUCAGGUGGGACACGGUAAGAAGAGGAAGAUCAGCACGGAGGAGCUGGAGAAGUGGGCGGAGUCUCUGAACGCCCUGCUGGCCUGUCAGACGGGCGUGUCGGUGUUUGGAGCGUUCCUGCGCUCAGAGUUCAGCGAGGAGAACCUUCAGUUCUACCUGGCCUGUGAACAAUACAAACAUUCCUCCAAUAACUUCAGUCUGCAGAGGAGAGCAAAAGACAUCAGCAGCACCUACAUCCAACCAGGAGCUCCCAGAGAGGUGAACCUGGACAGUAAGACUCGGGAUCUGACCCUGCAGCUGCUGAAGGCCCCCUCCCACACCUCCCUGAACCACGCCCAGAAACGCAUCUACUCUCUGCUGGACACUGACUGUUACCCCCGCUUCCUCCAGUCAACCAUCUACCUGUCCCUGCUGCACCAGGAGGACUAGAUACAGCUGUCUCUGCUGCACCAGGAGGACUAGACACACACCUGUCCCUGCUGAAUCAGGACUAGACACACACCUGUCCCUGCUGAAUUGGGACUAGACACACACCUGUCCCUGCUGAAUCAGGACUAGACACAGACAUUUUCCUGAUGCAACAGGAGGACUAGACACAGAAGUGUUGCUGCACCAGGAGGACUAGACACAGAUCUGUUCCUGCUGCACCAGGAGGACUAGACACACACCUGCCAUUGCUACACCAGGAGGACUAGAAACAGACUUGAUCCUGCUGAAUGAGGAAGAGACAGACCUGUCCCUGCUGUACCAGGACUAGACACAGAUCUGUUCCUGCUGCACCAGGAGGAGUAGAUACACGCCUGUCCCUGCUACAUCAGAAGAGCUAGACACAUACCUGAUUCUGCUGGAUGAGGACUAGACACACCUGUCCCUGCUGUACCAGGACUAGACACAGAUCUGUUCUUAGUGCACCAGGAAGACUAGAUACACAACUGUCCCUGUUUCACUAGGAGGACUGGAUAAAGCUGUCCCUGCUAAAUC